UGUUUGACGUCGGUGUGGGAACCUGUAACUGUCAACAGGAAAGAGCGGGGGAGCAGCAAACAUUGGAGCUGCGUCUGCGGUGUCCCUCCUGCGAGGUGGUGAUUAUGCGGCUUCUGUAAAAAGACGCGGCUUCGACAGAUCUCGGUCCAGGCUUUUGGGGGGCUCAUUCCUCAGAGGUGUGGUUUUAAUCCCCUGGUUGGUCUGAUGGAGGCGAGUGGAGCUCCUGCCGAGGACGUCCUCCUCCAGCGUCCCUGGCUGCCGGUGAGCAUCAGCGGCUGCCGGCUGCUCAACAAGAGCUGGUUCGGUGACACGGCGUACCGCCUCCUGCUGACCGACAUGCAGAGCGUCUGGGAGGAGAGGAUGGACGCCGCCGACAUCCAGAACCGAGCUCAGGAGCUGAACCGGCGGCUGCGAGCUCCGGUCCAAGCCUUCUUCUCCCACCUGUGCGAGGUGGUUGAGCCCAGCCUGUCGGGCGCUGCAGGACGAGCGGGUCGCGAGGCUCAGAUCUCCCUGAACCGACAGGACGACGGCGGCGUGAGCGUGAGACUGAAGAGCGAGCUGGCAGGGCUGCCCUUCUACUGGGAGUUCCGCUGCACCCCCGCCCCCGUGGCCUUGGUGUGCGCCCAGCUGGUGCGCCCCCUGCUGGUGAUGAGCCGCCUGCUGCAGCGACAGGUGGAUCAGCUGGGAGGACUUCUGGUGAGGAAGGACGCAGAGAUCCAGGACUACAGAGAGAACGGGGCGACGCUCAGCAGAGAGCGGCUGCAGACGGACGCUUUUGUCGAGCAGACGUACAGAGACGACCUCGUGGCAAAGACUCUUCCUCUGCUCUGCUCCGAGCAGCACGACGCUCUCGGCUUCGACAAAGACGAUAUUUUUGUUUAUCUAGAUACAGUAACAACAGGGUAA